GCCGCCUUCUGUGGCGUCACUUCCGUCCCUUCCACCGGCCAAGCUGUGUGUAUUUAGCCGCCAUUGUCGGGCUUGUAAACCCAUUGGACAUCUUAAGUUCGGCUCUAUUUACAGUCUAAAUUGUGCAACAAGAUAAUGCCGGGAUUUUCAGACAGAGACCGGGGGCGAGAUAGAGGAUAUGGUGGGGGACCUCCUCGUUUUGGAGGUGGUGGUGGAGGAAGCAGGGGUGGACCUCCCCCAGCAAAGUUUGGCAAUCCUGGUGAAAGGCUAAGAAAGAGACACUGGAACCUUGAUGAGCUUCCCAAGUUUCAAAAGGACUUUUAUCAGGAACACCCCGAUGUCACCCAAAGAAUGCUUCAAGAGGUUGAACAGUACAGAAGCAGCAAAGAAGUUACAGUCAAAGGCAGAGAAUGCCCCAAACCAAUUGCAAGGUUCCAUGAAGCGGCAUUUCCAAACUAUGUCAUGGAUGUGAUCAUGAAACAGAACUGGAUUGAACCAACCCCUAUUCAAGCUCAGGGCUGGCCAGUUGCUCUCAGUGGCAAAGACAUGGUUGGCAUUGCUCAAACUGGCUCUGGGAAAACCCUCGCAUACCUUUUGCCUGCUAUUGUGCACAUCCAACAUCAACCCUUCCUGGAGCAUGGUGAUGGACCCAUCUGCUUGGUAUUGGCGCCUACACGUGAGCUGGCCCAGCAGGUGCAACAAGUUGCUGCUGAAUACGGCAGGGCCUCCCGUCUCAAGAGCACCUGCAUAUAUGGGGGCGCACCCAAAGGACCCCAAAUUCGGGAUCUCGAGAGGGGAGUUGAGAUUUGUAUCGCUACUCCGGGUCGUCUGAUUGAUUUCCUCGAGUGUGGGAAAACAAAUUUGCGGCGUUGCACCUACCUUGUACUUGAUGAGGCCGACCGCAUGCUCGACAUGGGAUUCGAACCACAGAUCCGCAAGAUCGUGGACCAAAUACGGCCAGACCGUCAGACCCUGAUGUGGAGCGCCACCUGGCCCAAAGAAGUUCGGCAGCUCGCUGAGGACUUCUUGAAAGAGUAUGUACAGAUCAACAUUGGAGCGCUUCAGCUCAGCGCCAACCAUAACAUCCUGCAGAUUGUUGACGUUUGCAAUGACAUGGAGAAGGAAGACAAACUGCUUCGGCUGCUGGAGGAGAUAAUGAGUGAAAAGGAGAACAAGACAAUUAUUUUUGUGGAGACAAAAAGGCGCUGCGAUGAGAUCACCCGGAGGAUGAGAAGGGAUGGGUGGCCAGCAAUGGGAAUUCAUGGAGACAAGAGCCAGCAGGAGAGAGACUGGGUCCUUAAUGAGUUCCGAUACGGCAAAGCACCGAUACUCAUCGCCACAGACGUGGCCUCCCGCGGCUUAGAUGUGGAGGAUGUGAAAUUUGUCAUCAAUUAUGACUACCCUAACUCCUCCGAGGAUUAUAUCCACCGAAUUGGACGCACAGCCCGGAGUCAAAAAACGGGCACAGCCUACACCUUCUUCACCCCCAACAACAUGAAACAGGCAAGUGACCUGAUUUCUGUGCUGCGCGAGGCCAACCAGGCCAUUAACCCCAAGCUCAUCCAAAUGGCGGAGGACAGAGGAGGUCGUGGAAGGGGGGGCCGAGGUGGAUACAAAGAUGACCGUCGAGAUAGGUAUUCUGGAGGUGGGCGUCGUGAAAACUUUGGUGGUGGAGGCUACAGGGACAACGAUAGAGGGUUUGGCAACGGGCCAAAGGGUGGCUUUGGGGGCAAGAUGCAAAAUGGGGGUGGCUAUGGAGGCAACGGCGGUAACGCUGGUAGUAGCUAUGGCAACAAUUAUGGCAAUGGCCAGGGUAACUUUGGUGCUCCGUCCAAUCAGGUGGGAGCUUUUGGGAACCAAAGCUUUCAGGGCCACGGUCCCCCUCAGUUUGGGGGCAUGCAGAGAUCUGGCCAGAAUGGCAUGAACCACCCGUUUCCUUAUGUCCCUCAGCCCCCACCACCUCCACAGGCUCAACAGCCACCACCCCCACCUCCAAUGGCACCCUACCCCAUGCCACCACCCUUUUCACAAUAGCUGGCACACGAUAUAUUGAACUCACUUGUUUUUGUUGCUUAGUUUAGUCGACAAUAAGUCACACGUUGAUUAUAUUUGAAAUUAUAUUCUUCCAUGUUUAACUUUGUUUUUGCUUACUGCAGGUUUUGCGAUUAAUUCCGUAAUACCAGAGCGUCUCCUACAGUGCAACAGACGUGCUGUACUUUUCCUUGAUUGUUUUUUUGUGUUACAUUCCUUAAUUAUUUAACUGGGGAUGCAUUGUAUUUUGUUUGUGUUAUAAAUGGUGAAAGUGAUGUGAUCAAUAUUUAAAUGGUGCAUAUUUCCCUUUUCCAAUAAAAAAAGGUUGAAACUU